CGCACGCUUCGUUCCCCAGUCCUCGUGCCUCUCCAGUUCGCCUGUCCUUUCCUCCCAGCAAUUCCCUAGCAGCUAUGACCAGCCUGAAGGAAAUCUGCCGUGGUCUUCCUCUCCACCCUCUGCCCGAAAACAGAGGUCGGAGGAAAGGAGUACCCCACGCACCGGUGCGAACCCCUAAUCUCACUGCUCAGGAGAAAAAGCUGGCUUUGCGUAAUGCCUUGCGUUAUUUUCCACCUGAAAUACAAAAGAUACUAGUGCUGGAAUUUGCUGAGGAACUCAGGCUGUAUGGACAUAUAUAUAUGUACAGAUUCUAUCCAGAUAUUGAGAUGAGGGCGUAUCCCAUAGAAGAAUAUCCUUGCAAGACCAAAUCAGCUGGUGCUAUUAUGCUGAUGAUCAUGAACAAUCUGGAUCCCUCGGUGGCCCAGUUUCCCCAGGAGCUUGUCACUUAUGGAGGAAAUGGUCAGGUCUUCAGCAACUGGGCGCAGUUCUGGUUGGUCAUGCACUAUUUGUCAGAGAUGACCGAAGAGCAAACAUUAGUCAUGUACAGUGGGCAUCCUCUGGGACUCUUUCCUAGCCAUCAGUAUGCUCCUCGAUUAAUCAUUACUAAUGGCAUGGUUAUUCCCAACUAUUCCACUAGAGAUGAAUAUGAGAAGAUGUUUGCUUUGGGAGUAACAAUGUAUGGUCAGAUGACUGCAGGGAGCUACUGCUACAUUGGGCCCCAGGGAAUAGUCCAUGGAACUGUGCUCACAGUGCUGAACGCAGGCCGUCGCUACCUGAAAGUGGAAGACCUGUCUGGGAAGGUGUUUGUCACUUCUGGUCUUGGGGGAAUGAGCGGGGCUCAAGCGAAGGCCGCAGUCAUUGCUGGGUGUGUGGGGAUCAUCGCAGAGGUUGAUGAAGCAGCACUUCUGAAACGUUAUAAGCAAGGGUGGCUGAUGGAAAUCUCUAAUAACCUGGACCACUGCAUUGCUCGCCUCAG